UGCAAUCGUGAAAAGUUGGCGAAAUUUCGUUUUUAAAACAUUUGAUUUUAAGUGAUGUAAACCUUGUGCCAUUUCCGGUUAAAUUAAUCCCACAGCCAUGAACAACUCACGGGGUGGCGUGCUGGACGCCACCAGCUACUCGCUGAACGAUCGCUCGGAAAGUUCCGCGUUCAACCUGGACGACAGCGACCUGUGCGAUCCGGCGAUGCUGGCCAUGCUGGACCGACCGCCGGACGGGAUGCAGCUGCGCAAGGAUGACCGGUACGCCGGGUUCGACAACAACGUCGGCGACAGCUGGAUCUACCCGACGAAUUAUCCGUUGAGGCAGUACCAGUUUACAAUUACGCAGGCCGCGCUCUUCAAGAACACGCUGGUGGUGCUUCCGACCGGGCUCGGGAAGACCUUCAUAGCGGCCUCGGUAAUGUACAACAUUUACCGGUGGUACCCGACCGGGAUCGUGAUCUUCAUGGCGCCCACGAAACCGUUGGUGAACCAGCAAAUCCAGGCCUGUCACAACGUGACUGGAAUUUCUCUGGACGACACUGCCGAAAUGACCGGACGGCAGUCCAAGACGAACCGCGCCGAGUUGUGGCGCACGAAGCGAGUGUUCUACGCGACGCCCCAGUCCGUCCAGUCGGACAUCAACUCCCCCGACCAGAUCUUCCCCUUCGAACGGGUCAAACUGGUCGUCAUCGACGAAGCACACAAGGCCAAAGGCAACUACGCGUACUGCGAGGUCAUCCGCGCGAUCGUCUCCCGAACCACAAACUUCCGCGUGCUGGCCCUCUCCGCCACACCCGGACGCACCCUGGAAGACGUCACCGAGGUCAUCCGCAACCUCCUCAUCUCCCACAUCGAAGUCCGCUGGGAAAACUCAAUCGACGUGGCGCAGUACACCUUCAAGAAGAACAUCCGCACGAUCGUGACCCCUCUCGGCCCAAAACUCACCCGCAUCCGGGACAGCUACCUCAAGAUCAUCGACCCGUACGUGCGCCGCCUUCUCGACGCCAACGCCAUCUCCGGCCACGUCGGAUCACUCUCCCGUGGUUCCCUCAUCAUGGCCCACAAACGAUUCCGCGAAAACAACCUCAUCCAGCGCCAUCCGAACGCCACCUCCAUCAACUCCGACUUCAGCACCUGCAUCAGCAUGUACCACGCGCUCGAACUCCUCAUCCGGCACGGACUGCGCGCCUUCCUGAACUUCUUCGAGGACACCAACUCCUCAAGCGAAAAGUACUUCGUCUCGAUGGACCUCUCGCUGAAAGCCCUGAUCGAGGAACUUCGCCACGAGUACGGCCGGAAUCCGCUCGCCAUCUUCGGGAAUGUCCGCGCCAUGCCAAACGGAGUGGUUCCGGCGGUGGCGAAUGACGAUGCGUUCGACUUUGGACAUCCCAAGUUUGCCAUUUUGGAGCGGCAUUUGAGGGAGCACUUUGAAGGCAAUCCGCAGUCGAAGGCGAUGGUGUUCAGCGAGUAUCGUGACUCGGUGGCGAUGAUUCACCGGUUGCUGCUGCGGAACAGGCCGUUGAUCAAGCCGAAGUAUAUUGUGGGCCAGGGCACCCCGGGCGGCACCGGUCUGCCGGCCGUGUCCCAAAAGGAACAGAUCGCCACGAUGCGGGACUUCCGCAGCGGACUGUGCAACACCCUGGUGGCGACCUGCGUCGCCGAGGAGGGCAUCGACGUGGGCGAGGUCGACCUGAUCGUGUGCUUCGACAUCGUCAAGAACCCGACCCGGUUCGUGCAACGGAUUGGCCGCACCGGUCGGCAAGCGGUGGGCCGGGUGUUGAUGCUGGUGACCGAGGGCAAGGAGCACGAAACGCUGAAGGAGGUGCUGGCGUCCAAGGACAAGACGAACCGGGCGCUCUCGAAGAGUCGGGAGAUAUUGAACGUGCUUUAUCGGGGAUCGCCGCGGUUGGUUCCGACGGAGUUUGCGCCGCGGUGCGUGCAGACGUUUAUUAAGAUUCCGGAGAAGGAGGAGCGGGGGGAAGUUGAGGGUGGGAAGCGCGGGAAGAGGGGGAGGCCGGCGAAGGAGGAUCGGGAGAAUGCGGGGGAGAGUUCGACGGCGGAGACUCGGGGUAAGAGGAAGAAGAAGGGGGAGGAGGUUGCGCCUCGUGGGACGCAGGACGUCCGGAAGUUCUUCCGGAAGACGGAGGCGGAGUUGGACGAGAGUGAGCGGGAGGUGUUUUGUAGUCCGAAGAGGGACACCUCGGUGGACUCGAUCAACACUUCGAAGGAUCGGUUGACGGUUCCCACGGACAAGUCGAUCCGGGUGGGUAAGACGGAUGAGGAGCAGGAGUUGGAGCGUCUGAUGAAGCCGCUGUUGCGGCACAAGGCACGACUCGAUCGUAGACAGUUCCUCAACGGCGGAAAGCUGAUUGAGAUUGGAAAGGAAUCGAUCAUCAAGACUAUGCUCUGCCCAAACGUGAUCAAGAAGGUGAUCCUCGAGGCUAACCUCCCUCUCCUGAAGGAGGUCUCCGUCAAGAGUGACGUGUUGCAGGCCACCUCAGCGGACAGCGAGUCCGUAAUACUGCUGGACGAUGCCGGAGAAUCUGUGCGAACGGAAACAAGUAGCUUUGAAAACCUUUUUGGAGGUCGAUCUGCGCUGAAAGCGAGGAUCGCUGAGCUUGAAGAGUCCCGGAAGUGGGCGAAACGCAUGCGUCGAUCGCCGGUAGGCGAUCCAGACAUUGAAAUCCCAACAAACGACGCGAUCGUAGCCGAUUUCCAAACCUUGUACGAUCAACUAUCCGAGUUCAGCUUUUCCGCGAUCGCAAAGCCGCUCCCGGAGAGCACUCGGCUCGUUCCCGACGCGAUCGAUCCGGUUGUGCUGUCUCAACUGGAAGAGUCGCGCUAUCUAGCGCAAGUUCCGGACGAAACCCAGAAAGCUCCGGAAUCCCGGCUGGCACCCCUCUUCGAGACGCGAUCGCCGCUGGACGAAACUCCGAUCAACCGCAACAAGGCAAAGUCUCGCGUAGCGACGCUGGCCAAGAGAACUCCAGCGGACAGCCCGCUGCUGCGGGCGUUCAACCGGUCGAUCGCCAAGGCCAAGAACUCGGACACGAUCGCGUCGCCGGCGUCGAGUCGCGGCAAGGAUCUUGGCGUUCGGAUGGCGCUGGAGUUCUUCCACCUGGACAGCGUGGACCAGAUGUUCGAGGAGUCGAGCAGUGACGGUGAGCGUACGGAAGCGAGGAUCGUGGAGAGUGUGGCCGAUCUUAGCCGGACGCUGUUUGACGCGGGGGAUUUGAGCUUGGCCGCGCAGGAAGCUGCCUUUAUUGCGGGGAACUUUGAAGGGGAGGUGGAGGAGGAGGAGGAAGAUGGUACGAUGGCUCGUAAGGAGAUCGAAGAUCUGGAAGCGGCCCUGCUCGCGGAUGAUGAGUCGUUCCCGGAAGUUGAUCGACCUGCUUUAAAAAGUAGCGAGAGGAUCAACCCGGAGAUCGCGGGAAGUUCCACGAUCGUGAAACCGGAGGUAGAUAUCCAAAUUGAUCAGUUCUUGCAGGAUUCGCCCACGAAGGUAGAACCGGUAGAUCGCGCAGGUAGCUCCGGAAUCCCAAUCGAUCGCUUCCUACGCGAGGCAUUCCCCAGCGAACCUUCCCCGGUCAAGCCGACCCCGCGACAAUCGCCACGAUCACUUGCGCGCCGCAUGGAGCUGCUCGAUUGUGAGAUCUUGGCCGAAUUUCUCGAAGAUUCGCAGGACGAGGAGGAGAUCCCAAAUUCGCAGGAAAAUGCACCACCUCCUCGCAAGUACGGCCUACCGGCAACGCAGAAAACGCUGAACGUCGGCGAGUUGGACGACUUCUUGGCGGACAGUAACGACGAAGACCUGUUUGAUCUUACGAUACCAUCGAGAACCACGCCGGCGGUUCCCGCCGCCGCCGCCGUCGAAGACGGCUACGACACCGACAAGACCGUUGACUACGACGUCGGGCAAGCCCUGAAGCAGAUCAUCCCGAGCACGCCACCUUCCCGUCCAAAACUUCUCGACGAAAAGUCCCCUUCGCUCCUGCGCAAGAAGAUCAACUUCUCGCGACUUCAGGUGACGCGAUCGAGCGGGACGCUCGAGGUCAACUCCGCCCCCGUUGUACGAUCGAGUUCUGCUCCGAAGAGUUCGCCGUUCUUCGGUGCCGCUGCUACGCAGCAACCCGUUCCGACGGUUUCACCGCCGGACGAGGACGAGCCGUCGUUCGUGAUCGCGCCAAAGCGCAAAGCGGCGGCCGUCAUCAGCAGUGACGAAGAGGAGGAGGAGGUCUUCCUGACGGCGCGAUCGAAAACUUCCGUGGAGAUGAAUCCGCCGGUGGCGCCCCCUCCCCAACGACUUCAGCCGGGAAAGCGACGUCGCCGCAACGAGUGUGACUUCUUCCUGAGUCAGGCCGCCGUCUCGGAUGACGACGAAGACCACGGGGACGACGACUCGAACGAGCACGAUAGCCACUUUGUGGACGACUCGAUCGUGUACCAUGGGCCGGUCGAGGACGACGCAGUGGACAUGAGGGCGCGCUACCUGCAGUCGGUCAGGAGUCCGAUCAACGCGCGGGCGGCCUUCAAAAUCCCGGCCCAGCCCCGGCGUCAGAUGAACCUCUCGGAGAUCUACUCGCAGCUGCCGGGGCCGGAUGAUGAGUUGCACGACGAUACCGACCUGCAGUCGUUUAUCGUGCACGAAGAUCAGGAUGAGGUCGUGGACGGGUCGGCGUCCAGCUCCUCGAUGGACGAGCUGGAACGGGCCGAGGCGAUUUUGCGGGAGCGGAGAAGGCAGGGCAGGGAGAAGAAGAAAAAGAAGGGAGGUCGUGUGGUGUUGAGGCCAUCGUCGGACAGCGAUUGAGCGUGAGUACAAAGUUUCGAUCGUAA